CCGAGGAACUCUGGUGGCUCUCCCAGAUUGAGGCCGGAGAAGGGGUGCGCGCAUGCGCAGAGACGGGAGCUCUGGUGUUAUUGGCGGCGGCAAUAAUAGCAGGAAGCCGCUCACCAUCAUCGCGUGACGGGCCGCCUGCGCUCCCCUUGCUUAGAUCCUCGGGAGGCGGCAGCGGGGCAGCCAUGUCUCUGAACCAAUAUGAGAGACAUUAUAACUCCAUCAACUCCGACUUCGGGAGCGAGUCGUCCAGUGGGACCAGCCCCCGUCCUGGUUCGGGCUUGGGAGGCGAGCAGGAGGAAUUGCAUUAUGCCCCUAUACGGGUUUUGGGUCGGGGGGCGUUCGGCGAAGCCACCCUGUAUCGCCGGACUGAGGACGAUUCACUUGUAGUAUGGAAGGAAGUGGAUCUUACCAGAUUGUCAGAAAAAGAGCGGCGUGAUGCUUUGAAUGAGAUCGUUAUUCUUGCUCUGUUGCAACAUGAUAAUAUCAUUGCUUAUUACAAUCAUUUCAUGGAUAACACCACUUUGCUGAUUGAACUGGAGUACUGUAAUGGUGGAAAUCUCUAUGAUAAGAUCCUACGACAAAAAGACACAUUGUUUGAAGAAGAGAUGGUAGUGUGGUAUCUCUUUCAAAUUGCAUCAGCAGUGAGCUGUAUCCAUAGAGAAGGAAUUCUUCACAGAGAUAUAAAGACCUUGAAUAUCUUCCUCACCAAAGCAAAUCUCAUAAAACUGGGAGACUAUGGCUUGGCAAAAAAACUGAACUCUGAGUAUUCCAUGGCUGAAACUUUGGUAGGAACUCCAUACUACAUGUCUCCAGAGCUCUGCCAGGGAGUAAAAUAUAGUUUCAAGUCUGACAUAUGGGCAGUUGGCUGUGUUGCUUUUGAACUCCUUACCUUGAAGAGAACAUUUGAUGCAACAAAUCCCUUGAACCUCUGUGUGAAGAUUGUGCAAGGAAACAGGGCAAUGGAGGUUGAUUCCAGCAUAUACUCUGUGGAUCUCAUCCAAAUGGUGCAUUCCUGCCUUCAUCAGGAUCCAGAGAAGAGGCCUACUGCUGAUGAGCUACUUGAGAGUCCAUUUAUCAAGAAGCGCAGGAGGGAUAUGGAGGAAAAAGUUGCACUUCUUAAUGGCCCAAACAAACGCCCAAGAACAAGUACUAUGAAUGAAGCACCUAUUGCAGUGGUGACUUCACGCACUAGUGAAGUAUAUGUAUGGGGAGGUGGAAAGUCCACUCCUCAGAAGCUGGAUGUUAUUAAAAAUGGCUGCAGUGCACGGCAGGUCUGUGCAGGAAACACUCAUUUUGCAGUGGUAACAGUGGAGAAAGAGCUCUAUACUUGGGUGAACAUGCAGGGAGGCACAAAACUGCAUGGGCAAUUGGGACAUGGAGAUAAAGCUUCGUAUCGGCAGCCUAAGCAUGUGGAAAAAUUGCAGGGCAAAGCUAUUCGUCAAGUAUCGUGUGGGGAUGACUUUACAAUCUGCAUUACAGGUGAAGGUCAAGCCUUUGCCUUUGGUUCAGAUUACUAUGGCUGCAUUGGUGUUGACAAGGCUUUUGGGUCUGAGGUCCUGGAGCCCCGGCAGAUCAAUUUUUUUUCCAGUAAUCCGGUGGAACAAGUUUCCUGUGGAGAUAAUCAUGUGGCAGUGCUGACACGAAAUCGUGAGGUCUACACAUGGGGCUGUGGAGAAUAUGGCCGUUUGGGUUUGGAUUCAGAAGAGGAUCACUCCAUCCCACAAAAGGCUUAUCAAGAAAUCCCAUAUGCUACAACUUUCACUUUGGCCAAGAAACUCUCUUUCUACAAGAUUCGCACUAUUGCCCCAGGAAAGACACAUACUGCUGCCAUCGAUGAACGGUGUCGUCUGCUUACUUUUGGCUCCAAUAAGUGUGGACAGUUGGGUGUUGGCGAUUAUAAGAAGCACGUAGGCAUUAAUUUACUAGGAGGGCCCCUUGGGGGAAAACAGGUCAUCAGAGUUUCCUGCGGUGAUGAAUUCACCAUCGCUGCUACUGAUGGAGCUGGAGAAUGCAGAAUUCAUCCCAAUGCCCCAAACCCCUUCUCUUGAAAGCUUAGCCUCUUCCAGAUCUGACAAAGAAACUUUUCCCUACAAUGAACUAAAAGGACUCCAUAUGCCUUCGCCCACACCAGUUGACAUUAACGAAUCCAAAUCAGAGUCUUGGCAGCUAGUCUUGGAUUCAGCAGAAUCCUGUGAUAGAGGAAAAUUGCCUGUGGCAUCAUCUGAAUGUAAAUGCAGUUUUCUGCAAGCUGAAGUGGAACGUCUGAGUGGCUUAAUAUCAAAGUGCUUGGCAGAUCAAGAAAAAUUACAACAAGAAACUGCCCGUCUUAAUGCCCAGCUGCAAGUUCUCUCUAGGAGACAAGGAACUCACCAGCUGGAAUCUCAUUCCAAAGCUACACAAACAUCCAAAGAAGAGAUGGAAUCCGAUCCAAAGCCUGACUUGGAUUCUGAGUCCUGGUGUCUCCUUGGAACUGACUCAUGCCGCUUUAGCCUGUAGUCUUUAAAUCCUGGAACCUAUUCAUUUUCACACAACAUUAACUACAUGCAGAGAACAGCUUUCCUAGAUUCAGGUCCUUUGUGAGCAAUGAAGUCAAGAGUCUCCAUAGUCUCCACGUAUGCAAGAGAGGAAGCACUGCCUUAAGCUAUGAAACUAGGAGGGAAUUUAGAGUGUGUGUGAACACUUAAAUUCAAACCAAAGUCUGUGCAGGUAUGACAAUGGUGAGUUCUCUCAGUGUAUUGUUGAGUCAGUAACACCAUUCCCAGGAAUGGUCCAGCAGCAGCACUUCGUUUAUUUCCUAACUUUCAAAGAACAGCAAUGAAUCUGCAAUAGUAUUCACUUCAUCUUCAAGCAAUUCAAAGAUGAAAAAUUAAUGAAAAGAGAAAGCCAGCAAACACCUACUUUGACAGUAAAAUUGAAUGCUCUUAAUUAUUGAGUUAUUUUAGCUGAUAAAGUUAAAGGAGAAGCAUCUUAGCCUCUAAGAAUGAAGUUUGAAGAAGGUGAAAUAUUUUUUAAAAAGCGGAUGAAAGCAUCCAACAGAAAAAAACAAGUUUCUAUUUAUAUUCAUUUCUAAACACAUAUACAUGAGUCUGCAGAUAACUUAUUUAUAGUUUUAGGGAUGUUGGAGAAGGACAUCAAGAACCUCUUUUUUUCACUGCCAUUAGGCAUUGUUCAAAUGCAAAAGAACUGGCUGAACUCUUUCAGCUACUCUAAAUCUCUAGCUCUAGAAUUCCAACAACCGCUGUUUUUUAUGUCAGACAGAGUGAUUGGAAUUUGAAAUCAGACGCAUUUAUGACUUGACUCAUAUUAGUAAUUGGCCUGAAUUCCAGUAAGAACUAUGGAAAACCUCUUUUUUGACCUAAAUCAGUAUUUUUGCUUCCUUUCAAUAGUUAAUGAAACUGGACUUAAAUAUUGCUUUUAACAAAGUAUGUGCAUCAAAUAUAGUGGUCACAAUCAAUUAUCAUGCAUCACUUCUUCUCUAGUAUUAUUACUAAACUAUGCAUGAAAAUUGUUUGAAGGUAUGUUGCUUUAUUUUUCACAUUUAAAAAUAAAAUUGAUAUUGUUAAUUGGACUACUUUACUAUCUUACUCCUUUGGCAUAGAUAUAAUUUCUAAGAACUAUUUCUGCAUUUCUCUUUAUAGUAGUAUGGGGUUUUAUUACAGCUUAACUAUAACCUUUAGAAAAAGUUCUUUUGUAUGCUUGCAUCCAUUAUUUUAUUUGCUAGACCCUUGAUUUUAAUCUCAACUUCUCGUAUAUCUCCAACAUCUCUUAUGUAUUCUAUAAUUUUGCCAGACUGAGAAAAGGAGAAGGGGAAGAAUGUUAAACCAAAAUUUGCUCUGUUAAAAUAUUUAAUAGGUCAUUGUGCCAUUUAGUUGAUUUCUUGCCCUCCAAAAAUUACUAAAGUUUUUUUCACCCCAUAUGAAAAUACUGUUUUAUCAACAGGUUGUCUUUUUAUAAAAAACAAUUAUGUUGGGGCUACAGCUAGUAAAAAAAAUAAUGGAGCAGAUGAGAUUCACUAUUUCAGAGCACUGUUUUUAUUUCAGUGCUCUACAAUUGAAUUGAGUACUAAUUCACUGCACUGAGUGGUGAUCACUCAGCAGUAUAUGUGUGCCUUUAAAUAUGACACUGUCCAAGUUGUGCCUGUUACAGAUCCUGAUAUAUGCCCCAGCCCUGCUAUGCAACCAAAGCAGAGAUUUUGCCCUGCCUAAAGGAUGAAGGGAAAAGGCCAAAGUGCCUUUGAGAAGUCCAUUUCCCUUCUCCCUUUUUCAGCAGUGCUAGUUCUUAGAUGACGGUUACUUAUUAGCAUUGCUGUUGAUCUAUUAUAUUGAUAUUCAACGUAUGAGAAUUAUUUUGUUGUAAUCUGUUUUUCUAAAAUGCAAUAGUGGAAUGGUUUGAUGUUUUCUGUUUAAAUAAAUUUUGACACUCAA